AAAAUUAAUGCAACUUGCAGUUUGAAAUGGGUUUAAGUUCGCGGAAUCCAACUAAGUUACUGCCUAGCGCUUUUCCCACGUUAACCACUGCUCCUGCAGAGGCUAAUGAACGGCAAAAAGGUUUAAAAACAGAGUUGUUAACAACAAUGUUGAAGAAUACCGCCCCUGUUGAAGUAAUUCAUGAAGACGAGGUUGGAGAAGCACCUCAAACUGCAGGAGAGGAUGUCAUCGAUGAGAAAGACGAGAAAGUACUGCGUUUGGAAACAGAAAUGUUAGUCCAAAUUGAUAUUGAUGAAGUAUUUUUUUUACAUAAGUUUGUGUAUUUCUUAUUCUUUUUAGACAAAGGCUGAAUAGUGUUGUUAGAACUUUGAAUAAGUGCAAAAACGAGAAGUCAGCAGAAAAUAAACACCAUAGGAUUUCCA